AUGUCUUCUCAGAAUCAUGAAGGAAAAAGGAUCUAUCAAGUCUGGCCCGGUAACAACAGAUUUUAUUGUGGAGGAAGACUGGUGUUUGGUCCAGACGCAUCUUCGCUUCUUUUGACCGCAUCUAUGAUAGGAGGACCAGCUAUCACUUUCUGCGUUAGGAUGGUUUAUUUGAUCGGACAUCGCUACCCUGCAUUCCAUUCUCUGCUUUUGAUGGGUGCAGUUAUGAUCACAAUCUUGGAUUUCGUAUUUCUCUUCUUGACAUCAUCGAGAGACCCCGGGAUUAUCCCAAGGAACAAAGAAGCGCCUGAAGCAGAAACUCCCCAGGCUAUCAGCCAAUCGUUGGAAUGGGUGAGUAACAAAGCAGGGAAGGCGAAACUACCACGAACAAAAGAUAUAACAGUGAAUGGCUUCUCUGUGAAAGUUAAAUUCUGCGAUACCUGUCAGCUAUACCGUCCUCCUCGUGCUUCUCACUGCUCAAUCUGCAACAACUGUGUCCAAAGGUUUGAUCAUCACUGUCCAUGGGUAGGGCAGUGCAUCGCCUUGCGUAACUAUCCAUUCUUCGUCUGUUUCUUGUCAUGUUCAACCCUCCUCUGCAUCUACGUCUUUGUGUUCUCAUGUAUCUGCAUGCUUGAAGUCCAUGGCCAAUUCUAUCUCGUCCUCGCUGAUGACUUAAUAUUAGGUGCUCUUGUUCUAUACUGCUUUGUUUCCGUCUGGUUUGUUGGUGGACUUACCGUCUUCCACUUCUACCUAAUCUGCACCAACCAGACGACAUGUGAGAAUUUCCGGUACCAUUACGAUAAGAAUGAAAACCCUUACCGAAAGGGGAUCUUACAGAACCUUAAAGAGCUGUUCUUCACAAAGAUCCCACCAUCUUUGAUCAAUUUCAGAGAUUGGGCGCCAGAAGAAGAAGACGAUGUGGAGGUCGGGUCCAUCGCCUCUGAACGAGGCAGAGCCUAUAGUCCCCGAGACACGGAUAUGAGCAGUGGCAAGCCCGAUCAUAAUAACAUUGAUUUGCGCCUUCAGAACCAGGAGUAUGGUAACAAAAGUGACGCAGCUGUCCAGGAGAUAAGUGUCGAUGAAGGCGCCACAGCGAUUGGCUCGGUUGACCAAGAACCCGCGAAUUUGAGGAGAAACUCGAGCGUAGAUGUGAGAUCAAGAUAG